AUGGCUCUGCAUUCUCCUUCAGAAGUACUAAGAGAAGUUGCUCAGCUCGGCUUCCUGCCUUACGGCCAGCGCAGUCCUCCAAGUCCUGUGGGAGGAUGCUAUAGUCCCUUUGAAAGCCCCUGCUUUUCCUUGGAGCAGAUUUAUUACUGCAGUCGGACCCACCCCCAGCUGGCCCAGUUUGUGCGCGAGGUACAGAAGAGCCCCUUUGGCAAGGACACCCGGGUCGUGUCCCUCGGCUCGCGACAGACUCUUUGUAUAAACAAAGACGUGAAAAACCUGGGUUCUGUGCAGCUGAUCAACGACCGCUGUGUGGAACUGCAGCAGGGCUGAAAGAACAAGAGCAGAGCCGAGGUUCAGGGGCUGAAGAGGAGACGGAAGGAGCCCCGGGAGGCCUGUCCCUUCUACCACCACAGGCAGCUGCAUCUGCUCCUGGACAAGGUCCUGCUGGAGAUGAAGGACAUUGAGGAGCUGGCAACCCUGGGGAAGGAGGCCGGGGCCUGUCCCUAUUACGGGAGCCGGUUUGUCAUUCCAGCGGCCCAGGUGGUGGUGCUGCCCUACCAGCUGCUCCUGCACACGGCCGCCCGGCAGGCCGCAGGGAUCCGGCUGCAGGGCCAGGUAGUCACCAUCGACGAGGCGCACAACUUGAUCGACACCAUCAUGAGCAUUCACAGUACGGAAGUCAGCUGUUCCUAGCUCUGCCAGGCACAUUCCCAGUUGCUCCGGUACAUGGAAUGAUACAGAGGAGACACCACCUCCUGAGGGAAGUGUUUGAAGGCCAAGAACCUGAUGUACAUCAAGCAGAUCCUGUAUCUGUUGGAGAAGUUUGUGACUGUGCUGGGUGGUAAGGUGAACAUUAAGCAAAAUCCCGAUACAUAGAGCAUCCCAUACACAGGGACAGAGCUGAAGACCAUCAAUGACUUUCUCUUUCAGAGCCAGAUAGACAACAUCAACCUGUUCAAGGUGCAGCGCUACUGUGAGAAGAGCAUGAUCAGCAGGAAGCUGUUGGGCUUCACAGAAAGGUUUGGGGCAGUCCUCGCACCCCCAGGGAGCAGCCCAGUGGCUGGGUUCCAGCACUUCCUACAGAGCCUACAGCCCGGGGUGACUGAGGCCCCUGUGGAGGAGGGGGAGGCCAGGGCACCUCGGCCUGCUUCCCCACUGAUGCACAUCGAAGGCUUCCUUGCAGCUCUCACCACUGCCAACCAGGACGGCAGGGUCAUCCUGAACAGAGACACUUCUGUUGGGGCUAGCAGCCUCAAAUUCUUGCUGCUGAAUCCAGGUGUGCCUUUUGCCCAGGUGGUGAAGGAAUGCCGGGCCGUGGUCAUUGCGGGGGGCACCAUGCAGCCGUCCUCUGAUGUCUGAUUUCGGGAGCAGCUGUUGGCAUGUGCUGGGGUGGAAGCUGAGCGACUGGUGGAGUUUUCCUGUGGUCACGUGAUCCUUCCAGACACCAUCCUGCCCCUCAUCAUUUGCACUGGGCCCUCCAACCAGCAGCUGGAAUUCACAUAUGCGAAAAGAGAGCUGCCCCACAUGUUAAUGGAUGAGACAGGUCGCAUCCUCUGUUACUUGUGCAAUGUGGUCCCUGGAGGGGUGAUCUGUUUCUUCCCCUCCUAUGAGUACCAACGCCAGGUCCAUGCCCGCUGGGACAGGAGUGGCCUGCUGGCCCGCCUGGCCGUCAGGAAAAAGAUAUUUCAGGAACCGAAGAGAGCAAACCAGGUGGAACAGGUGCUGACAGAGUAUUCCAAGUGCAUUCAGUGCCAUGUUCAGGCAGGAGGCAUGGUGACCGGGGCCCUGUUGCUCUCAGUGGUCGGAGGCAAGAUGAGUGAAGGCAUCAACUUCUCCGACAACCUUGGCCGGUGUGUGGUCAUGGUGGGCAUGCCCUACCCCAACAUCCAGUCUCCCGAGCUGCGAGAGAAGAUGGCCUACCUGGGUCAGACCCUCCCCCAAACCCCAGGUCAGCCCACCCUGAGAAAGGCUUUGGUGGAGAAUCUAUGUAUGAAGGCUGUCAAUCAGUCUAUAGGCAGGACCAUCAGGCACCAGAAGGAUUUCGCCAGCAUCGUGCUCCUGGACCAACGGUAUGCCCAUCCUCCUGUCCUGGCAAAGCUGCCGGCCUGGGUCCGAGACCGUGUGGAGGUCAACGCCACCUUUGGUCCUGCCUUUGCUGCUUUGCGGAAGGUCAGCCCUGCCUCUCCCUUCCCCCCAAGAGCUCCCCGCCAAGACCCCCAUCUAGUGUUUCACAGUCUUCUCUGUCUCCCCAGUUUCACCACAAGAAGUCUGGCCUUUCCUGAGGGACGGCAACGCUUGUCUGGCAUGCAGACUACGCUGCUUCUGGAAUCACCAGGCUGCCAGGAGCCAGGAAUAGAUGCAGAAGCCAAUAGGCGAAAGCAGGCUGUCCGAGACCUUUACCCUUUCCUCAAAAUUAAGGAUGUUCCCCAUUCCCGGCCCCCCUGGGGUCCAGGGCUCAUCUGCCCUCCGAUGUCUGUUUACCUCACCCGGCUGCCGCUGCCGCCUGGGGAUUAA